AUGUCCGUGUUUACGCCAAUAGAGGACGCCCUGAAGGCUUACAAAAAUGGAGAAUUUCUCAUCGUGAUGGACGAUGAAGACAGAGAAAACGAAGGCGACCUGAUUGUUGCCGCAGAAUUGAUAACGACACAGAAAAUGGCCUUCCUCGUGAGGUAUUCCUCUGGAUAUGUUUGCGUUCCACUUUCCACCAAGAGAGCUGCAGAGUUAGAACUACCACCGAUGAUCAAGAACAGAACAGACAGGCAGGGCACUGCGUACACACACACUGUGGACGCCAGAGAUGGCACUACCACUGGGAUUUCCGCCUCUGACAGAGCGUUGACCUGCCAGGUUUUGGCCAACCCCAGGUCAAAACCCGAAGAGUUGAUGAGACCGGGACAUAUUUGCCCUCUGAUUGCACGAGAAGGCCUGUUGAAAGAGAGAAGAGGGCACACGGAAGCUGCUGUUCAAUUGUGUGAAUUGACCGGAUUACAACCUGCUGGAGUGAUAGGAGAGCUGGUUCGUGACGAGGACGGCUCUAUGAUGCGAUUAGACGACUGUGUUCAGUUUGGUCUCCGCCACAACGUAAAAAUUAUCAACCUUGACCAGAUCAUUGAAUACAUGGAUUCCAAGAACAGCUAG